AUGUCCCAGUACGCCCUCUCCGGUGCCAACAAACCUCACGCUCCCCAGCCUGCUACCCCGAGCUUCAAGCCGAGGUAUGGCCGGUUUUACGUGCCUCUCGUCGCCGCCAUCGGUCUCGGAGUCGUUGGCUACAACUACUACAACCAAGCGAAGUCCCAGCGCGAAACCAUGAUCUACGAAGAAGAGAAGCGUCUCGCCGAGUACCAGCAACUCAUGGAUGCAUAUGGUCGGAAAGAGAGCCUCGAGGACAUGCAGCAGGCUUUUGACGCAUACCGCUCUCGGACACAUUAA